AUGCGCGCUCCCCGACGCCGUACCCGUGCCGCUCGCAAUCCCAACGCGUCGCGUGCGUGCCUUCUGACACCUCGGCCUGCCCCGCCACCUCCGCCUCACGCUCGGGCGCGUUCCCACGCCCCCUCGCUGUGCCGUUGCUCGCUGUACGACGCGCCUCGUGCCGCGCUCAACCGCGGGAUCGAACGCUUGCGUGUCGGCAAAUGCCAAAUCGCGUCGAGCACGUCACUCAAAUCACCACCGCGCUCGCCGUCGAGCUGCGCGUUCCCGGCAAUUGCCGGGAAUGUUCGCGCGCUCGUCGGGUGCGCCGGCGUCGAUCAGGGGCCUCGGCGACACGCCAAUCGGCCACCUGCGUGCUCGCUGCUCAAGCGCGCAGCUUGCCGGACCGGGCGGGCCUGCAAAUCCCAUCCCGCGCGCGCGCGCAAGCACCGCGUUCGUGCGCUGCGCGGCGCGCGUCGCCAGGGCAUGCUACCUGAGCAUCUCAGGCGAGCCCUACGCGCCUGGGCAGGUGCUGCGCGUGCCCGCAUGGGCGGUGUUGCCGUGCCUCGUGCGUGCGCGCGGCUAUUGACACCCGGCAGCGAUCGCACACAUGUUGAUGCGCAUGCCCUCGGCCGCUCACGUGCACUUGUCGUACAGCUAAUGCUGUAA